AUGGCGAUACUGACGUUCUCCCGUUUCAUCAGUCGGUCAUACUCCCUUCACAGUCGCGACGGACCGACAAUAUUUUCUUUCCAGCAGAAGCUCCUCAUGGACGACUCCGGUGUCCCCCAACGCAGAAGGUCCGAGCCAGCAGUCGAGGGAUCCUUGACUUCUGAGGAUCCCUUCGACAGCCCGACCCCGGGGGCUCUCGAGCAGGAACCGCUCUCAGUUCCAAGUGAUGCACUCUCUUCAGUUCCCCCCAGUCCUGGGGCGUUGUCGCGCAAUCCUUCGUUCUCAAACAGCAGCUCGUACCAGGAAGACUGGGAUACCUUCCCGCCGCUUGACAAGCUUACGGUUUUCGACAUCUUAGACAACCUUGCAUUGCAUCAGAAGCUGGAGAGAUGGCAGCAGACGUUGACAGCUCAGAGAGAACGCGUCAGAAAACAACGCGAGAGAUUGAAGUCGACGUCACUACAGGCCAGGGAUCGCGUUGUGGGAGAGUGGAAGAGACGCGUUCCGACCGCCGAUGAACAGCUAGACAAAUACCGUCGACGGAUGAGAGAAUCUGUCGACCGCCUGGGAGCUCAGUGGAAUAAGACGUCGACGGUCACUCUGCGAGAGAAGUUGUUUUUCAUCGCCGGUAUAUUGAAUAUCUUUAUCAGCGGUUACUUAAUUGGCGCAUACCCGGAAUACUUGUACUUGUGGUAUAGCGGUCAGCUGGCCUAUUUUAUGCCAAUCCGGUUCUACACCUACCGGAAGCGUGGUUACCACUAUUUCCUUGCUGACCUCUGUUACUUUGUCAACAUGAUGUGUAUGCUCAGCUUCUUCGUCUUCCCGAACUCGAAGAGACUGUUCAUCAGCACAUAUUGCUUGGCGUACGGAAAUAACGCUGUUGCGAUUGCUAUGUGGCGGAACUCCAUGGUCUUCCACAGUAUGGAUAAAGUCGUCAGUGUCUUUAUCCAUAUCAUGCCUCCAGCAGCCCUGCAUUGUCUCACGCAUCUGACAGCCCCGGAAAUCCUCAAGGAGAGGUUCCCGGCGAUUUACGCCAUCAAGUACAGCGACCCUGCGUCGCCAGAGCACUAUUCCCUCGGUGAUAUGGUGAUAUGGGCCACGGUUCCGUACCUUGUCUGGCAGCUGUCGUAUCACUUCCUCAUCACCGUCCGACAUCGUGAGCAAAUCGCUGCGGGACGGCCCACUAGCUUCACCUGGCUGCGCAAAUCCUAUGCAAAGACAUGGAUUGGAAAGAUCGUCUUGAGUCUGCCUGAGGUGCUGCAGGAACCGGCAUUCAUGUUGAUUCAGUAUUUUUAUGCCAUCCUGACCAUGAUUCCGUGUCCUAUCUGGUUCUGGUAUAAGUGGGCUAGUUCAGCCUUCCUCAGUGUUGUCUUUAUCUGGAGUAUCUACAAUGGCGCGACCUACUAUAUCGAUGUCUUUGGCAAGCGGUUCCAGAAAGAGCUCGAACAGCUACGAAGGGACGUCGCCAAGUGGCAAGCCUCCCCAGAAGGAACUACCAGUCCCAUACUUACCCCGGACGGGGUGCAGACGACAGGGGCGCAGCUGCUGGAUGAUACGAACAAACAUUCCGAGAGGGGGACAUCCGGCUCAAGCAUUGACUCCAUUCCUCUCCUCGACGCGAAACCAAUCGUGAGCGGCGUUGAGGACAGUCCUCCAAACGCUGUGCGACCGAGGAACUAA